UUGUGGGUUUGAUUGUAGAAAGCUUGAUUUCAAAUUCUUUUAAUUCUUUAGUUUUAAACAACACUCAGUAGCCAGUAAUACACCUUCCAAGUUAGCAGGCUCUCUAGGAAAGGAUGGACGCUAUCAGGAAGAAGAUGCAGAGCUUGAAGGGGGAGACGGAGAGCCUUUACGCGACCAUCAGGAGGUUUGAAGAGGCUACUGCUGAGUAUUCUGCCAGGGCUGAUCAGGCUGACUGUGAUCUGAGAGAUUAUGGUAAAAAGGUUCAGCAGCUUGAGAUUGGAUUUGAUGAAACCAACGACAAACUACUUAAAGCUACCGAGUCCCUGGAGGAGAAGGAGAAGCUUUAUAAGGAGGUUGAGGGUGAUGUUGCAGCUCUCUCUCGUAGAAUCAUGCUCAUGGAGGAGGAAGCAAAGAAAUCCGAAACAAAUUUGGCUGAUACCGUCACCAAGCUUGCUGUUUGCUCCAGGGACGCUGACACCAUUCUCAAAGCUGUCAAGGUUGUUGAGAGUAAGAACAUGAACAAUGAAGUUACCAUUGAGGAACUUGACAAAAACUUGAGAUCUACAAUUAAAAUGGCACAUGACAAUGAACAGAAGUUGGACGAAGUCUCCAGAAAGCUGGGGGUUCAAGAAUGUGAACUAAAACGAGGAAUUGAAAGAGCAGAGCUUGCUGAGAAAAAUCUCAAGAAAGUUGAGGAGGAGCUUGAAAGUGUGGGUGAGAACAUGAAGGUUCUUGAGAACUCUGCUUCUAAAGCUCUUGAAAAAGAAGAAAAGCUUGUGGAUAAAAUUCUCCAGUUGCAGCAUAAGUACAAGGCAGCAGAAGCAAGGUUUGAGUAUGGUGAGAUGAACAUUACUAAGCUCAAUCAUAGAAUUGAUGAUAUUGAAGAUGAAAUUUACAGAGAGAAACUCAAGAUUAAGCGUACAGCUGACGAACUUAACGAUACCUUCGAUGAUAUGAUGAACCAUUACUAGCUAUUUUCAAAAUUAACACUUAUACAAUAAUAAUUGCUGUCAUAAUUAAACUCUCAUUGUGAAUAAAUAACAAUCUGCAUUGA